AUGAACUCGCCGCCGCCGCCCCCGCCCCCGCCGCCUCGCCCGCCCCCGCGCCCGCAAGGACUUCGCAUCGGAUUCAACCCGGCCGGGGUGAAUCGAGACCUGCAGCCCUUCGCACCCCGCUGUAGGGCGAUCGUUAACACCUCCUGCCUCGCUCGCCAACGCGGGCGAAUCCUUUGCGGCUUUGCGCGAAUGUCGAUUGAUGCACACAAUAAUAUUUUCUCUAAACCCUCUUCUCGCAUGCUGUCCACGCGGGCGUCGGGUCCACUUAGGCCGCGUCCCACGCUGCCUACGCCCAUACAAGUUCGGUCGCUACAGAGCAUACGGGCCGGCGGUGGAGGCGGCGUGGGCGGCAGG